AUGAAUGGGCCUUCAGGGCCUUGCAGGAACUUGCCAUGGCUCGAGCCGCUGCUGGCCUCUUGUGGCCUUCUCCACGAAUCCGAAAGGGCGAGUGCCUGGUGUGAGGUGAUGGGGGCCAUCGACGCCGCUGAAGUGAUGGCAAGCUGGCAGGACCUGGCGGAUCAUCUUCAACUCGAAGCAACAGAAAGAAGGUGCCUCCAGGAGGUUUGUGAAGGCGAGGGCACCGCAGUCGCUCGCGGUGCAGGCGCAGAACAGUGGCUGCUGCCCUGGCUAGAGUCUCAUCUCCUCGGCCACUAUGCAGAGGAAGCUUUGAGAUGGUCCAGGCAGAUGGGUGCCAGUAGCCUGGACGAAGUGAUGGAGUUCUGGGAGGUCUUUGCAGCAGAUCUUCAGAUGGACUGCCUGGAAAUCCAACGCCUUGCAGCCGCAAGCGGUGCAGCAAAUGCCUCCAAAGUCCGUGAUGGAGCUGGGGCACCCCUCAAUCCAAAGGAGGAGCAAGAAGCGCUGGAGCUGGGAACAAAAACGAGUGCUGUGCCGCCGUGCGAGGAAGUGACAAUAAUUCGCCCCGAACUGCAGAUCUUAGCGGCCGGAGGCUUCCGCUGCAUCCGCUUGCUGGGAAGAGGCCAGUACGGCACGGCGCAUCUUGUGGAAUGCACAGACAAACCCGGGGAGCCUGAGCAGGUGGUGGCCAAAGUCGUUUUCCUUGAUCAUCUCAAGGACAAAGACCGCGCUUUGGCUUUGCAGGAGGUGGAGCUCUUGAAGAGGCUCAAGCAUCCAAAUGUGGUCCAACACCACACAUCCUUCCUCCAUCACAGAGGAACGACCCCCCACACGGGCGAAGCACUCGUCAACGUCAUGGAGUAUUGUGCAGGCGGCGACCUGAGAGUCUGGCUCGAGAGCUGUGCGGCGGCGGAAGAGCGCCUGCCGGAAGAGUCUGUGUUGAGCCUCUUCGUGCAAAUGCUCAAAGGAGUGGGUUAUGUCCACUCCUGCAGAAUACUUCAUCGUGACCUCAAGACAUCCAACAUGCUGCUCGACCAAGACCAUCGUAUCGUGAAGGUGGGUGACUUCGGAAUUGCCAGAGUUCUGGAAAGCACCACCGCGGUGGCUGCAACGCACUUGGUCCCGGUAGCCAUGGCUGACGUCCUGGUCGUUGGUGGCGGCGGCCGUGAGCAUGCCAUCGCAGUGAAGUUGCGCGACUCGCCCAAAGUCCGGCAUGUCUACUGCGCACCCGGAAAUGGAGGCACCGGCAAAGAAGACCGGAUGAGCAACCUCGCGGUGAGCGAUGGUGACGUGGCCGGCUUGGUGAAGGUGGCGCAGGAGAAGCAGGUGGCCUUAGUCUUCGUCGGCCCAGAGGCACCGCUGGUUGCGGGUUUGGCUGAUGCCUGCGCAGCGGCGGGGCUGCCCUGUUUCGGGCCCACGAAGAUGGCGGCUGAGCUCGAGGCUUCCAAGGCCUUCUCGAAGGAUUUCUUUGCAAAGUACAGUUUGCCAACAGCCGCCUACAGAAACUUCAAGUCUGGGGAGCAUGAAGCUGCCCUGAAGUACGUGGAGGAUGAAUACGCAGCCGGAAGGGAGGUGGUUGUGAAGGCCAGUGGUCUUGCAGCGGGGAAGGGCGUCCUCAUGCCACAGUCUCUGGAGGAGGCCAAGGCAGGGGUGAAAGAAGUGAUGGUUGACAAAGUCUUCGGAGCGGCCGGAGACGAGUUGGUCGUGGAGCAGCUUUUGAUUGGGGAGGAGUGCAGUUGCAUGGCUUUUGCCGAUGGCCAGGUGGCUGCCAUGAUGGCCCCAGCACAGGACCACAAGCGAGUCAACGAUGACGACCAGGGGCCCAACACCGGUGGGAUGGGCGCGUACGCCCCGGCCCCAUGCCUGACUCCGGAGCUUCGUGUGCAGGUGGAAGAGGUGCUGCAGAAGACCGUCGAGGCCUUGGCCAAGGAAGGGCGGAGAUACAUCGGGGUGCUGUAUGGUGGCUUCAUGUUGACAAAGGAUGGCCCUAUGCUGCUCGAGUACAACUGCCGCUUCGGCGAUCCGGAAACGCAGGUCCUGCUGCCCCUGUUGGACUCAGACCUCUUCGAAGUGGCUCUGGGCUGUGCAGAGGGCAAUUUGAAGGCCAGGGUCCCGGAAGUCCAGUGGAAAUCCGGCGCUGCGGCUACUGUGGUCUGCGCAGCCAAAGGCUACCCGGGCUCGUACCCAAAGGGCUUGCCCAUCAGUGGCCUGGACGCCGCUGAUGCUGUAGACGGCGUGAAAGUUUAUCAUGCCGGAACCAAAGCCAGUGAGGGCGGACUAGCGACCAGCGGAGGGCGCGUAUUGGCGGUGACGGGCCUUUCCGGAAGCCUGAAGGAUGCUCUGCAGAAGGCCUACGAAGCCGUGUCCAAGAUCAGCUUCGACCCGCCCGAGGACACUGGGUCCAGCAUGCACUUCCGAAAGGAUAUCGGCAACAAGGUUUGUAAGGGCGAGCCUUACCGGGACAAGAGCGACAUGUGGUCUUUGGGAUGCGUUCUGUACGAGAUGUGCCGCUUUCGGCAUGCCUUUGAGUCGCAAUCCCUUCUGGGGCUGGUGUACUGCAUUGUGUCGGAGCACUAUGACCCCAUUCCAGACGUCUAUGCCUCCGAGGUGUCUGAGCUCGUGGGCCUGCUCCUGGCGAAGAACGCAGACGAGCGGCCCACGGCAGAACAGGCUCUUGCGCUGCCAGUGUUGCAGCCUUACAGCAGUGCGGAGCCCCUGGAGUUUCCAGAGCCGGCAUUUGGGCGGACAGCUCCGGCCGCAAUCAAAGUGAUCGAGGAGGACUCGAGCCCGCCGCCUCCUCCACCAGAGGAGCUGGUCUCAGAAGGCCCUCGGCCGCCGCCGUCACCGUGGUCACAGGUGUCAUCCACAAUGCCCGGUACAAGGCCCGGAGAGCUGGCUGCAAAGCCGCUACCGCCAAAGCGCGUGGUGGCGACUGGCCAGCCCCCGCCGCCACCGCCAGGCCCUGGAGUCUCCACUGCCUCGAGCUGGCGACCACGUACGCAGGCGGUCGGGGCACGUGGUGCUCGUCAGAAUGUUGAGAUCAGCGAUGAAGUCCAGUACAUCGUGACAUAUCAUUCCGAAGUUGAUGAACAACUCCUGUUCCUUUCACAGCCAGCUAGAGGGCUUCUGUCUUGCGGCGUGCAAAGCAUGGCUCCAAACGACGCCAGACAGCCAUCCUAUGAUACAGAGAUUGCGAAGAUCCAGUCAAACUAUCUUCCCCACUUGACAUGCCUUGCAGAGUACGAAGCCUCGAGUGGCAGUCGCAAACAGCGGCUUGACAAGGAGUAUGGUCCAAGUGCAGCUAUUCAAAUCGCCAAGUUUCAUUCGGAGUUUGACGCGUUCCCCGCUGGUAUGCCCGAUGACUUGAAGAAAGUGUACCUGGAGGCCUUCAAGGCUGGCUACAUCAUCGCGCGCACCCAGCCAUGGUUGAAGGCGAAGUGGAUGAGGGAUGACUACAUUCCAAUGGCCAGGAUGAAGUAUUAUGGCAACCAGGGAAGCCAAGAGCACAUGCAGGAGCUCCUCCGUCGCUCGCAUGGGUAUCCUUGGCACCUGGCGCCAGAUGGCGAGGGAGCCGUGAUAGACUGGCGUGAGCAAUGCGACGACGAUCAAUUCAAGAAGUCCAUGGGAUAUGGGACGAAGCAGAUUUCGAACUUCAGCAACUUCCCCGGCAGGAAAGAUGUGCUGACCUGGGGCACCACGCAUGUCGCAGUUGGGUUCAACGACCUGAUCGUGCUCCUCAAGUCCCGGCUUGUUGCGGAUGGCUCUUCGAACAGAGCUUUGAAAUUCAUCGGCAUUGACAGCAGCGCCUAUUCCGUUGCGAAGACAAAGGUUCUGUGGCAGAUGAUGAUGGACAGGUCCACUCCCAUCUGCUCAAUUAUUGAAGUUUGGUUCUCAGCUACCUGGACCAGGUCCACACUCGAUUUAUUCGGUAAGGCCUUGAACCACGUGGUGUCGGAGAUGAAGAUCAAGUCCGUGCCUUUGAAUGCUCCAUGCAGUUAUCCCAUUGUUGAGGGGCGUGGCGUUACGGUGCAUGGACUUCAGAGUGAGAAGGGUCAAAAGCUGAACGGCCAGCGAGGUAUCGCCGGAUCCUGCACCGAGGGUCGUUGGGAUGUCUUCGGCGACGGUUGGAAAGCCAAGGUCAAGGUGGAGAACCUGGUCCCGCUUGAGAUGACCGUCGCUGUGGGCAGUUCUGUCGAAGUUCGCGGGCUGAUGAAGUUGCCGGAGCUGAAUGGACACACGGGGACGGCCGUGGGUUUUGACGCCGCCUCGGGCCGCUGGAUGGUGCAAGUCGACUGCCGGGAGCAGCUCGUACUGAUCCGUGAGGCAAACCUUAUUUGGAUGGGAUCUCCUGAAGAGUCGGGCCAUCCCCACCUGGAAGAGGUCCGGCCUGUUGCACACUUUUUGCUGCACUGGCUGCAAUGCUUCGAACAGAGAAAUCAUUCCACUCUGGAGGAGGCAAGACGGCAGUGGUGGAAUUUGCAGAUAAGUGAGCUCCCCGAGCGCGAGACGCACAUUGCAGGGUGCCUCUGCCGCCAGAAGGACCAGAAGGCCACCUUGAAGUACCUCUGCUCUGGCGACGUGUUCCUGGAUCAAACUGCUGCCGAUGGGGAUGUGUGCAGCGAUUGUAAACCCUAUGUUGGGAGCCUGUGCAUGUGGAGCUUGCCAGAGGCCGCACCCAGCAUGGAAAAGGGAUUCGCGCUGGGCUGUAUCAGCACGGAGGAUUAUUGCCGUGCCUUGCUGGGUGAUGCAGGUGAGGCCGUGGAGCCAAGCUUCUCUUUACAGGCCCUUGAAUCGUCUCCGAACAAGCAUUUCGAUGUUAUGCAAUGCUUUACGUGGUACAUUUCCAAGCGCAUACAGCUCACCGUCCGCCAGAGCGGAUCAUCGUGGAAAGGGGAAUUUCUUUGUCAGAGAGUUUGCUGGGAGAACCGUCCUCUCCUAGACAGGAUAUGGAAAGAAACGCCCUUCACCAUGAGCUGGGAUAACGUAGUGGAUUACAUGAAGCCGACUACCUUCCACAGCAUCGCCCGGUGGUGUUCGCGAGCGGGUGAUACCGUGCAUUAUGCGUACAGCAUGAACUACCCAUGUGAGACCCGUGGAGCCAACAUCAUGGACUGGGGGACGCGGGCCGAUCCGAAUGAUCGGCAGAGUCGCGCAUACUGGGUCGACAAGAGCUUGGAACGGUCGCAGAAUGGCGGGUGCGUGCAUUCGAUGGAGCGUCUCCAGAGGAUUUGGGAGUUCGCUUGCAAUGCCCUCUACACCAAACCAUAUCGCUGCGACCCGGAGAAUCUGAUCAAUUAUACACUCCUCGCGUCUCUAGGCCUAGAUGAGCAGUGGGUGAAUCACUUCAUGAAGAAGGGAAGGAUCUCACAGGACCAGGUGCCGAAGCACCCGGAAUGCACAAAGGACAACGUGGGGCUUUCGGUGUUUUCUUCGCUGAUGGGCCUUGAAAGCCCCUUCCAGCGAAGCUCCACCUGCGUGACCUUUGCCUGGACGUAUGAUCCCAUGAUCCGAGGAAUGGAUUUUGCGACGGGCGUGGAAUGCCCGAAGUAA